GAACAAAACAAAACCUUGCAAUACAGGGUCUUUAUAUAGUUAUCCUCUUUCCCAUGGACAGUCCGGUGAAACAAGGGUGUUGUUCCAUCUUCCGUUUGGAGCAGCCUGCGGCUGUCGCUUGGGAACUGGAAGAUUUCUUGGAAUUUUACAUAUUUUUGGGAAACUGCAUAUUGCUCAACAAUUUAGACUUUAGUUCGUAUCAUGGAUCAACAACCCAAAGAUGAUGUUGAUUUUCUUGAACCAUCGAUACUGUUAGAUGAGACACACUAUCAAGAGGGUUAUAAAAAUGGUUAUGAUGAUGGCUUGGUAUCUGGAAAGGAAGAGGGAAGGCAGGUUGGUUUAAAGAUGGGUUUCCAGGUAGGUGAAGAACUGGGAUUCUAUCAGGGUUGUUUGGAUGUGUGGAUGUCAGUAAUUCGCCUUGAGGAAGGUGCAUUCUCAGCUCGGGUCAGGAAGAACAUGGAGCAGCUAGCUGUACUGCUGAGCAAAUAUCCUUUGUCUGAUCCAGAGAAUGAGCAAGUGCAAGACAUGAUGGAGAAGAUAAGGCUGAAAUUCAGGGUUAUCACGGCAAGUUUAGGAGCAAAAAUGGAGUAUGAAGGUCGCCCCACAUCAUCUAAGCAGGACGUUGAGGAUCUGUAGCUUAUGUAGUAGUAUGGAUAGGUCCCUUGUAGAUUAUGAAAUCUGAAUUACCACUUUGAAAUUGAUAUGUGGUGCCAAUAUGUUUUGCUUUCAUUUUGGAUCUGUGAUGCCUUAUGCUACUCCCUCCGGCCGGAAUUGCUUGUCACUAAUUUAGUACAACUAUGUACUAAAUCUAGGACAAGUAAUAUGGGUUGGAGGGAGUACUAAAGAUCUGCAUGAAAUUAUGCUGCCACCAGGAUAACCGAGGAAACCUGGACCACUGUAUCUAAGAUCUAUUCGACAUGAGGGGAUUUUGGAGUAAUGUUGUUUCUUA